CGCACGAUACUGCUGUCUCUUUUACCUACGCUAUUAAAUAUUAUUUUGAGGGGUUGAGGAAGAGCCGUUAAAAGGAAAAUAUGAAAGUGUUGGGUAUCAAUGGCAAGGGAAAUUUGUAAAUAAUGAAAAUAUUUUAAAUAAAAUGAAUUUUACAUACUUUUUGAGGAAUGGCAGGUCUUAAUUAUCUGUAGUUGACGUGAUAUAUGGAUGUCCUGCGUUACAUUCAGUAGCUAUGCGCUUUAUGCACAGGUUGAUAAAACAAUCAAUUUUGCGCCAAACAGCAUGAAAUUUGGAAUAUAAUUGUAACAUCCAUAUCAAAGUAUGACGUCAUAAUCAUUUCAAAUGUUCGGUUGAUAGAUAUAAUAUUGCAGCCUUUGAAAUGGCGAAGUACUCGGUGUCCCGUUUUUUGAAGAUUCAGAUAGACUGACAUUUCAAUCAUCAAUAUUAUGUCUAAAACGAAGAAGAAUGACAAUGAUACCAUGGAUACGAAAAUGUCCCCACGAGAAAGAUUAGAGUUUUAUAGAAAUAAGAAACUUCAAAAACGACGACAACAAAAGCUAGCAUCGUAUCAUAAAAACAAAACUGUCAAACAGACUGAGUAUAAACAAACUUCUGAUGCAAUUAGAAAGCGCAUGUACAGAGCAAAACAAGCUGAAACGAGACAGAAGGAAACAGAACGAAAAAGAAAAUAUACAUGUAGAAGUUUAGCGAGGAAUAAAAACGUCGAGCUCUCUGCGAACACGAAAAAUUCAAAUGAAAUGAUAAGACAUGUUUUUAAAAACAGAACAAGUAAACACAGAGCAUUAAAAAAAUUAAAGGAUUCGUUACCCCAAUCACCAAAGAAGCGGUCAGCUACACUGGCAGCAUAUUUGAAAAAUUCAAACUCUCCAACGACAAAAAUUUUAAUUGAUGCUGAUGUCGUAUUAUCACCAGAAGAACAAAGUAAAAAAUCAACGGAAAAAGCGGUUCUGCAAGAUUUAAAAACAACAAUUGAUAGCUGCAAAAUGAAAAGAUCGAAAGACUCGGUUACGUCUAUGAACGUGCUUGUUGCAUCAAUAAGUGGUGAACAAGUGACCCAAAGCAGAUGUCGAAAAAAUCUAGCUAAAAAACUUGGUUUACCAGUUAGACGAAUAAGUAAGGGAAACAUAAUUCGCACCACUGUAUUGAAAACUGAAAGAUCUUGUUGGACUUACACGUUUAGAAAAACGCGCACUGACGCGAUUUCAACGGAAACUAAACAACUUGCGUACGACUUUUGGCUGCGUCCAGGUAUCUCCCGACCGACUGGAAAUAAAGCAGAUAUCAAGCGAGAAAGAAUUGGACCCAAAUUAUACACGAGCCACGCAGUGUAUAUUUUAGAAAAGACCCAAACUGAAGUUUACCUGGAUUUCAUAAGCGAAAAUCCGGAUAUCAAAAUUUGUCAAAGGUCCUUUGAAAAUUGCAAGCCCUAUUUUGUUAGACAGGCCCGCCCAAAGGACAGACACACAUGCUGUUGUAGAUAUCAUGUUGAAAUAAAGAGUGCCUUCAAAUCAUGUAUGGACUUUCGGAAAAAGAUCAUCAAAACAAAUGCAAAUGAUAUUGGAAUUGACGUCCAAGUAUUCGAGUCCAUAAGCGAUGUGGUGGAUGUCACAUUGUGUAUAAAUCCUACUUUGCAAUGCAUGAAGCGACAGUGUGCAGAAUGUGGUAUCCACAAACUAUACUUAUUACCAGAAGAAACUGGAGACGCGGAGACAGACGAAACAGUCAAGUGGGAAAAAUUUGAAAAAGUUGAAAUCAAAGUGAAGGGCAAUAAAACAACAAAGAAACUCGUUCUGGUUAAAAAGGAAUCAAAAGUCAGUGAUUUAUUUUCACACUUUUUGCAACUAUUAAAAUCGUUUCCAUUCCAUCAACACCGAGCUACUUGGCAAAACAACCAAUUUCAAGAACAUUCAUCUAAUCUUCCACUUAACCACUGCAUCUGUGUUCAUGACUUUUCUGAAAAUUACCGUUGCACAGAAUUAAAACAACUUCAAAGUGCUUACUUUCAAAAAACUGAAGUCUCUGUUCACGUUACGAUUAUACAUCGCCAUGCACUACCCGACAUUGAUGGAGUGGAGAGCACUGAGCAGAACCCAGAAAUAAUCACUGAACAUUUUUUUGUUAUUAGUGAUGAUCAACAGCAUGACCAGUAUUUCGUCCAUGAAGUUCGUAAAACAAUAUCCGAGUACUUGGCAUCUAUUUCCUACCCGGUUGACACCAUGCACGAGUUCACAGAUGGAUGUGCAGUCCAAUAUAAGAGUCGACAUUGCUUUGGGGAUAUCAGCAACUCCAGUCGGGAUUUCGGUUUCAAACAUUUUACCAGAAAUUAUUUUGAGACUGCACAUGCUAAAGGACCUCAAGAUGCUGCUGGAGGACUGUUAAAAAGACAAGCAGAUCUGGCAGUUUUGCGUGGACAAGCCCAUAUACAAAAUGCCCGGGAUCUGUAUGAAUUUGCUGUUUCGAAUUUGACGCGGACAAAAUCUGUUUGCCGGAGACGGCUUUUCCGUUUUCUUGAUUUCAUCCCAAGAGAAGGCAAUUUAAGUUUCAAACCAAUUUCAAACAUCAGAUCUGUCCAUCAAGUCAUCGUUGAUAACUCGUCUCCCCAUAUCAUUUUACGCGAACUGUCCUGCUUUUGUGAAAAAUGCAGUUUACAAAUUUAUCACGAAUGUGUAAAUGUUCAAAGAAUUGGGCAAGUUCAACACCAUGAAAUGGUCAAGGAGACAAACAACACAUUCGAUGUUGAAGAAGAUGACGAAGAGGUGCCCUUGUCCGAAAUGGUAUCCAAAGGACAGGUAAUUGCCGUAUAUGCGGAUGACCCAGACCAUGACUAUUUCUUGCUAAAAGUUCAGGAAGCAAUUCAAACAUUAAACAGCGAAAGCACUGACGCUUGGGACUCAACUCUUCCAGCUGGUAUUAAGGUCAUCACAGGACUUUAUUACGACAAUAUUGAUAACAAGAAUCUUCUGUCAUACAAACUUAUACCCAGGAGAAGAGCCGUAGUGCCAGCCAGUGCAGUAGUUUAUAUCUGUUCAGAAAUAGAUGCUCGGGCCAAUAUUGUUUUGGACGAAUGUGUCCAUUUAAACAUAUUGCAUGCAAUAAACGACAUUAUUAUGUCUUAAAAAUGAAUUGUACAUGAUCGAAUACAUAAACUUCAAAGAUUGAAAAACCUAGUAAAUAGAAUAAACUACCAGAAUAUAAUUUUUCAUGAUUGUAUAAUUAUAUUAUCCAAAUACAUGUAUCUGUGCAUUUAGCUGUAUUGUCUGGGAUAAAAGUGCAAUAUCGAAUGUGGAAUGUUUUGAAUUCGCUGAUCAAAUUUAUAGUUUAUACCAUGCAGCUUGAAAUUUUCUAAAAGGAAAUCACAUUCCAAUCUGCCAAUUUUUUUUUGGUUUCAUAAACUAUGAUUGAGUUAUUUAAAUGAAGAUAUACACUUUUUAAAGUUAUUACUUAUAUUUCUUAAAUAUUGCCUGAGUUACAGGCGUGCAAAUUGUGAUCUUAUUUUAAGUACAUUUACUACCAUAUUACUGGCAAUGUUUGUGCAUUAAUUCAUAACUUGCUUGCAGUGCAAAUCUGGAGAUACAGGAGAUAUGAAUACAUUUGUAUUUAUUUUAGU